AUGUCCUCCAACGAACAACUUCUCGACCUCGGGACACCCUGCUCAUACCCUCAUUGCUCUCUCCUUGAUUUCCUUGCAUUCAAAUGUCCACACUGUCCAGGCUCUCCUGCCUUCUGCGCAGAGCACUUUCCGCCAAACUGCCCUUUGUGCAGUGUUCCCAUCGCGAUUCCGCCUGGGGAGGACCCAAACGUGCGCAUGGAGAGACAUAUCAGCCGUUUCUGCGAGGCGAUGAAUGCUAUUGGUGGACGGCAGGGCAAGAGUGGGAGCAAGAUAUGCGCCAGGGGAAAGUGCGGUAAGGUCCUAUUUGCGCCCAUCGGGUGUGAUAGAUGCCACAAGGAGUUCUGCCCUCACCACCGUUUUCCACAGGAUCAUAGCUGCCCGUCGCUCAUUUCGCAUCGACCGAACACUAAUUCUACCUCAAAACCUACUUCAAAGCGAACUAUCAAACCGUCAGCCACUCCCAGCUCAUUCUCGGCUAUAUCCGCAACUCUGCCCUCAUCCAGGCCAGCCCCUUCAUCCAAACCGGCAUCAGCACCCUCUUCCAAGCUUUCUAUCCCAAUAUCCGUCUCCGUCCCAAAAUUAUUUUCCAAGACAGAUCGUCUUAUCAACAGACGCGCAAAGGAGGAGCGCUCGAGCAGACGCAAAGCCAUGACAGACCGCACCAAGAGGGGUCUUCUCACAGAAGCAGAGAAGCUCAGCUUGGCACAAGAAGAGGCCGCACGCGCACAGGAGGGCAGAAAGAGGGACAAAAGGUGUCUUGUCAUGUAG